GUUUGGGAUGGCUAGUGCCUUGGAAACUCUAUGUGGACAAGCUUAUGGAGCUCAGCAAUACCAAAAACUUGGGACUCAAACUCAGACAACUAUUCUCUGUCUCAUCAUUGUUUGUAUCCCUCUCUCUUUAAUAUAGAUCUAUAUGGGAAAAAUACUCAUUCUCAUAGGCCAAGACCCAUUAAUUUCACAUGAAGCUGGUAAAUUCACAACCUGGCUUAUUCCAUCCCUGUUUGCUUAUGCUAUUAUUCAACCCCUCACCAGAUACUUUCAAAUGCAAAGUUUGACCAUUCCCAUGCUCAUAAGCUCAUGUACCACUGUUGUUUUUCACAUACCUCUCUGCUGGGUUCUUGUGUUUAAGUCUGGAUUGGAUAACUUAGGAGGUGCAUUGGAAAUUGGCAUUUCGAGCUGGUUGAAUGUGAUCUUCCUCAUACUGUACAUGAACUACUCUUCUGCUUGUGCAAAAACUAGGAUCCUAGUUUCAAUCGAGCUGUUUCGAGGAGUUGGAGAGUUCUUCAGCUUUGCCUUGAAUGGUGGUCCUAUGAGCUGAUGGUCUUGUUAUCCGGACUUCUACCAAAUCCGCAGCUUGAAACUUCAGUAUUGUCUGUAUGUCUCAAUACCAUCUCAACACUAUAUCAAAUUCCACUCGGAUUUGGUGCUGCUGCUAGCACUAGGGUUUCAAAUGAAUUAGGAGCUGGAAAUCCACAAGGGGCUCGUGUAGCUGUAUUUGCAGUGAUGUUCCUUGCAGUCAUGGAGCCUACAAUUGUGAGCACAACCCUCUUUGCCACCCGACAUGUUUUUGGCUACAUUUUCAGCAAUGAAAAAGAAGUUGUGGACUAUGUCACAGCCAUGGCACCUCUGGUUUGCUUCUCUACCAUAAUGGAUGGCUUUCAAGGAGUCCUUGCAGGUUACAUUUCUUGCUUGUCAACAAUAAAAUCUAUAUGGAUUUUGAUUAUAAAUGAAAAUCUUCAUUCCCGUGUUUUGUUUGAGAGAAAUUGGUCGGGAAUAUUGCAAUUUGUAAUACUUUAA